AUGAUUAAACAACAGCAACCACAACAACUUAUUACAUACGCCAUAUAUGCAUAUAAUUCAAAGACGGCAGAACAAACGCAAAGGUUGAAAUAUGGAGAUUUGGAGAUAGUAUUGAAAAAUGGCCAUUUCGAAUUCGUUUGCAAAGGUGGUGCAAUGAUAUCAAAUAUAAAAGAAAUUUUAUUUAUGAAUUCAAAAAUUAAAGGAAUAACGGAUGAUAUAACAUCAAUUCCACCAGAAGAACAGAGAUAUUACGCAUUAAAUGCAUUUCCUAAAGUUUUGAAGAUUGGAAGAUUUAAUUUAAAUGAGGAAUUCAUAGAAGAUUUCCUAAACGACAUAAUGAAGAAGGUGGAUAAGGAAUAUGUGGAUAGUGAGUUAAUGAAGAAAGCAGAUAAGGAAUAUGUGGAUAGUGAAUUAAAUAAGAAGGCAAAUUUGGUUUAUGUUGAUGAAAAAGAUAAUGAAAUUAAAGAAAAAGUUGAAUGGUAUCAUGAAUGGACAUUUGAGACUUUUAAAGUUAAAGCUGAUACAGGAUGGGUUUUAGGAUGUUUAGACCUUAAAGCAGAUAAAACUUAUGUUAACGAUGAGUUAGAGAAGAAGGCGGAUAAGGAAUGGACAUUGGAGACUUUUAAAGUUAAAGCUGAUACAGAAUGGGUUUCAGGAUGUUUAGACCUUAAAGCAGAUAAAACUUAUGUUGAUGAAAAUUAUGCAAAGAAGUCGGAAGUAAAUGAUGUGAUUACAAGCAUGAAAAAUGAAAUACUUCAAACAUUAUAUCCUGUUGGUUCUAUUUAUACGUCAAUGAAUUCAACAAAUUCAGCAACAGUUUUAGGUUUUGGUACGUGGAAGCAGAUUGUAGAUAAAUUCUUAUACUGUGCUAGAUAUUCAAAGCAAACAGGAGGUUCGAAGAAAAUUAAAGAAGCAAACCUUCCACCGCACACUCAUACAGGAACGACAAACUUUUCUGGCGACCAUAGCCACUCAUUAAGAGACCACCCAUUAUACAACUCAGACUAUGAAGCUGGCAAUGAUGUUUUAUCUCCAGCUUAUAACAAUUCAGCAAAAAAGACUUUUCGACAAACUGAACCGGGAGGAAAUCAUGUCCAUACUUUCACAACAAAUCCAACAGGCUUGGGUAAAGAUUACAUGCCACCAUUUGUGACUAUAUUCGCAUGGUACCGCGUUCAAUGA